AUGUCUUGCCCCACUUCGCAGCUGAGACGAGCAGCGGGCCUGCGCCCCUUUCCGACGAUGCAGUACUGUGCAUCUGCGGCGGUAGCUACAAGGCGCUGUUUUCUUCCACCGAUCCAAAUAGCUCAGCCUGAAUUUCGCGGGGGUUGCGCGUCUGAGUCGGCUUCGGCCAGCGCUUGGCGAAGCAACGAAAGACACGUGGCAGGUGCACGUCCAGCGGUGGCCGCUAGUGCACACCGAAGAUCCGUGGCGGGCGGCAACGGAAGGUCCAUUGCCACCCUCGUACAGAAAGCGCUACAUGAUCAGAAUGAGAGGCUGCUUGAUCCCAACGGUUUUGGUCAGCGUGUUACCUACAACGAGACGGCGGACCACGCUAGGGCAAUAUCUGAGGCGUUACAGGCUGCCGCCUCGUAUCUCCGGGUGCCGCUGAGCGGUUCCUCUGCGCGUGGCCACAACCGCAGGGACGAUUCUGCUUCAGGAAAUGCGCAUGCGUCUGGACCAGACUCCGGAAAGAGGGUCAACGUCGGUUUAAUUGUGCCCCCGAGCAGUGCCGCGAUCGUUGCGCAUUUGUUAGGCGUGUGGCAGUGCGGGUCCGUCGGACUCCUCCUGCCCUUUCCGGAGGCUGAAGGCUUGGCCGUCGUAGCCGACAGCGCGUCCGCUGCAGCCGCGAGCGCGGCUAACGCUGCAGUGCUCUUUGGCCGAGGCGGACAGACGCUGCACACGUAUACACCCGACGCCUUGGUGCAGGGCAAUACAGCUCCGAGCACUUACUCCAAAACUUUCAACCCCAAUAGUCUUCCGCACCUGGUCACUCAGAAGCACGCGCCCACCGAAGGUAAUCUAGAGCGGUACACGCGGCUGUGGGAAUAUCAGAUCUCGGAGAGUCAGUGUCGCCUCUUAGUCGCGACACCCGAAGUGGCGCCGGCCGCCACGGAAGUCGCCGCCAAGCUGUCCAUUCCGGUGUGCAUCCUGAGGACGUGUCCAGGAUCGCCUGGAGAGGGGCACGUUCAGGCGCACAGUGAGAGCGGGCACUCUCGGAAGAAGAAAUGGGAGGUGAAGGCGUAUGUCCCCGACGUCCUUCACGACUCAAGCCGUAAGGGCCGGAAUACGACACGGUGGAAACUUGUGGAGAUCCCCGACUCUCUCUGUAGCAGAGACCAGGAGACUGCGCCCCUGUCUUCCGAAGCAACGAAGGAACACACCAGUGAACGGGCUUCUCCAGCUGUUCACUUUUUUCAGGGGGCAGCGGCCCACGCUCCAAGGGCAGUCGUAUAUUCCCAUAAGGCCGUGGCAGACCAGGUCACGAGGAACAAAGAGCUCCUCGAAUUGACGCCUGACGACCACGUUGUCGUUCUCCAGAUCGCGUCGUCCGGUCUUGAGCGAAACGGCAGUGGCGGCCCAGCUAGUAUGAGGAUGCUAUGCGCUCCAAAAGGCCUCGUUGCCGCUGCACUCCCAGCUGUGGCCGCCGGCAGCGCGGUGUCCGUGUUUUCAGCAUCGGACCGACUGGCUCAAGACAGUUCUUUACCGUUACCUUUACGGUUGCAGAGACUGCAGGACCGUCUGCCGGAGCAUCAAAAACUGCCACAGCAGCCCGAGGAGCGUCACGCGCUACUCUCUGGAGGAGGCGAUUCAUCGGGACAUUUGAGCUCGUUCAGCAGAGGCAGGCACGUCAGAAGUCCUGGCCUUCUUGGUGAGCGGCAAGCGGCUCAGGUCAAGGCCGCACUCGCUGCGGCACGGGAGGAAGAACUCGAGGAGAAAGCGCUUCAGCUGUGGGAGAAGCUAGCGUGCUUGCACAGUAACGGCGAUCCGGAUACCACCAGUAAAUCCUGCAUACGUCGUUCUGAUUCCCAUAGUCGGCGAUGGGUUUCCAAAAUGCAGAAAGCGUCCGUCCUUGUCAUGGACGCUGAGGCGGCUGAAGCUUUGAUGGAGGCCAUAACGACGGUGCGGAGACGGGCAGAAGAGAAAAGCGCGAGGGCGCAUUCCUCAAGCUCCAGCCGUGAACUGAAUUACUCUGGAGUGCCCGCUAGAGAUUCUGCGCGUUACAUGGCAGCAAUACAAGCUCUGCGAAUGAUAUGCAUUUGCACCGAUGAGGCAGAUCUCAGCGCCUCAUUCAGUGGUCGCUGGUCUGCACGAAACAAGGAAUGUGGAAUCCAAAUCAAAUCGCUGCUUCACAGGUGGCAAAGCCUUGCGGGUUCUGAGACCAGGGUCCUUCACUUAUGCUCGCUGACCGAAACGGGAUUGUUGACUGUCGCUCAGCCGACGCAUGCUGCCGGACCCAGUGACACACGAUCAGCCUUCGCAGAUCCGGUAAACUCUCUGCGUGCCACCGAGGAGGAUUCACAAGCACAAUCUAAAGCCGGCGCUGGACGAGAGGUGGAAAACUACUGCGGCUUCGUCGCACCGGGAGUCAACGUGGAGAUCGACAAAGAGACGAGUCAGCUGCGAGUCCGGAGCACGCACUUGGCCAUGGGUUUUCACGGCCGACCGCGGUCGACCCUGGAGUCGUUCGGCACUGAUGGCGUCUUCCGCUCGUCAUUUGGAGCGUCUUUGGAAGAACCCUCUACGUCAUUGACGGGUGACGAUAUCGGUCGCAGCGACCAGUAUAUCGAAUUGUUUAACAACUGCUUUCGUCUGCCUGCGUGGCUGUACCGAAUACCUCCUUAA